AUGGGUAGCUUAGAUAGAGGAGUAUUGACUGGUUUUAUAUGCAGAUUGUGCUCUGAAAUGCAUCGUGUAGUGUUACAUAUUUAUGGAGAAGAAGGAAUUCGACUGUGUAUAUCUGAAAAGAUCAAUAGAUAUCUUUCUAUUAACGUGUCCCGUUCAGAUCCACUGCCAAAAACUAUAUGUAAGAAUUGUUUAGAACGUCUAGAAAACCAGCAUAGACUCGUGAUGCGUAUCGAACAAGCGGCCAAUAUGUUGAAAGGUCAAAGACGUGCUCGAGUUGGGCGCGGAUGUUACGUGAGCCUUUGUGAUAGCAACAGCCCCCCACAUCCGCCUAUACCUAAAUAA